UAGAUGUUGUAAGAGCACACACAUCGCCAUAACUUACUUACAGUGCAAACGAGACGACCGGAACUUCAGAAACGCACGGGGCAAGACCUGUCCGUCUGCAGCGUGAUGGAAUUUGAGAAGCCGGUUGCUCAUUGUCGACCCACGGUGGCGAUAGAGAAGCAUGCGGCCUUGCAGUGAAUUAUCUAGCAGCAGACUGCUGGAAUUCUCUAGAGCAUCGUUAUUUCCAGCUUUCAGCUUGAUGGAAAUUUGAGCUGCUUGAAUUGUAUUCCUCGGCCGUUUGUUUUGUCUUCAGUUACUGACUCCCCAGACGAGAACUGAAGAAGCUGCAUCGUUCUAUCACCGGACCUUAACUUUUUUGAGACGACGUCUGAAAUGUGUGAUUUCAUCAGAACUCAAGCGCUUCUCAACACGUCAUGCUCAAUGUGGGUGUGUGGCGGACUGCAAUCUGGCGGCGCUUGCUCGCAUGGGUUUAGAUCACCGUCUUUAGCUUUCAGGAUGACCUCGUCCUCCACUUCGAGCCGUGGGCCAUCGGGACACAGUUGGACCACAUCGGGGAGCAGAGUGAGAAAUGGCAGCAGAUUUAGACACUUGGUCAGAGCUUCUGUACUUGGACCAGAGUUGAGUUAUGAGCUGGCUGAUCAAAUCAAUGCCUGGAUAAUACCAGCUCCACCGGAGCCGGUUCAAUUCCCCCGGAAAACUCUCAAUUUGAAGUUCGCAGUUCUGCUCAUGCGUUCGGCAUACGAAGCUGUGGACGAUUUGGACUUCAUUCCCAUGAACAAAUUCCAAGUGAAAUUUUGGAAGCUGAGGCAGAGCGAGUUGGAGCCUUACACUUUGCAGUACAAACCUCUGCGCGUGAAAUAUGGCGACCUCACAGAUCCUCUGUAUUUCGACUUCAUCAGCUUCGCACAAUUUGCAACCAUCUCCAAGGAAAUUCAGACCGGCGAGGUUGUGUUUCAGGAGAAGCUUGGUGCGAGUGGAGAGCUGCAAACUGUGAGGAGGGAUGCAAGCCUGGUCGAUAAUGCCAAGUUGCCUACGGCUUUCAUCGAGCGGGCUGGGAAUAUCAUCUACGAGCGACUGCUGGAAGGAUUUGAGGACGAUUCCUUCAACGCUCCUCCUCCCUUAUCGGAAGAUUCUAGCUUCAGCGUGGUUGUGCAAAAUGUACAAAAACUGCUGCAAAUUCUCGUGGACCAAGGGUAUGCCCUGAAGGCGGUUGUUGAUGAGGUGGAGUCAUUUACUGAUUCGCGUGGUGGCAAAUUCAGGGUGAAGGUGGAUGGUAGUGCCACGCUCUGGGGACUGCAAACAUUGGUGAGUCGCAGAGCGCUCGUCUUAUCGAACUUCGAUGCAUUGGCCGUGGGAGGGUUUCUUCGAGCCUGCAAAAGACACGCCACUUACAAGAUCCGAUGUUCUGACACUUCCGUAGAAGAGUUGUGGACCGUGACGUGACUCACAUAAUCAUUGUACAAACUCUUCGGGAAUCGCUGCUUGACCAUUGUGUUUGUUAGCAAUUACAGUGUCACUUGCAUCCAUUGCUAUGAGUCGCAGAAAACGAAGAUACUCUUGGACUCUGACCAUGAGACGCUUUAUCUCAACUGGAAAUGUACAAAAGCAUGAAAGGUUUCAGAUUUUGGGGACUUUGUCAGCUCUGAUGCCGAUUUAACGAAUGAAGGCAAACAUAUCUUCCUCGUAAGAUCUGCAUUAUGCUAUCAACACACGCAUCGAAAGUCUCCAGCUAGUCGAUCAAAUGAUUUGAUCAUCCAGCAUGCAUAUGA